GAAAAUGAAAUAUCUCAGAUUCAUUCUCACGCUAGACAAGAAUCAAUCUCUCUCAAGUCGAAUCCAAUCCGAUUCCAGUGAGAUACGCGAGCACGGAUUCACUAUAGUGACAGAAAACAGCGUUAAUUUGAUCAUCGGAGGAGUAGUGAAAAGUGAAAAGGACGAUGAGAUUCGGCGUUCUCCAGUGCGCAGAGGACACUGAUUACGUGAAGAAGAAAUACGGAGGUUACUUUGGGGUGUUCCUGAGAAUGCUGGCGGAGGAAGGCGAAAUUUGGGACGUGUUCCGUGUUGCCGACGGAGAUUUUCCUGACGACGGGGAGAUCGGAGUUUAUGACGGUUUCGUGAUUACUGGUAGCUGUAAAGACGCAUACGGCGACGAUGCUUGGAUCUGCGAACUUCUCACUUUACUCAACAAAUUACAAUUAAUGAACAAAAAAAUUCUCGGCAUUUGCUUCGGUCACCAGAUACUGGCACGUGCCUUAGGAGGUAAAGUUGCACGUGCAGAAUCAGGUUGGGACAUUGGUGUCCGAAGCAUCAACUUGUCGUCAUCAUCCAUGAAAAUCUUUUCUAAUUUAGAAAUGCCAACAACAUUAUCUGUGAUCGAAUGCCAUCGUGAUGAGGUUCAUGAACUCCCGUCCGAGGUGGAGGUGUUGGCAUGGUCAGACAAGACUCGAGUUGAGAUGUUCAGGUACCGGGACAACAUCAUGGGUGUUCAAGGUCACCCGGAGUACUCCACUGAUAUUCUUAAACAACUCAUAGAUGAUCGCCUUCUUCAAUGCAAUCUUAUUGAGGAGUCUUAUGCUGUGGAAAUUAGGUCUAAGCUGGAGAUGGACCCAGAUAUGGAGUCUUGGAAGGAGCUAUGCACCAGCUUUCUCAAGGGUAGAUUAUGAUGGAGGAACAUAAGUCAUUAUAUAAAUGGUUGAUUCGAGAAAAGCAUUGUUAUAUCUUUUAAUCGACAGUAAUCAAAACGAUUAUAUCUUUUAAUCGACAGUAAUCAAAACGAUUAUAUUGACAUGUAAGAUGUGAUGCAGUCGUUUUUCAAGGCAGAUUGUCAAUAUCUACCUCUCCUAUCCAUCUAUUAGAUGGCUUCCAUGGCCU